AUGGCAGCCUUCGUUCGCCGCGUGCUCAUGGAAGAGGGUGGUGAGGUCAUCAGCUCGGCAGGCCUUCUGGACUUUGCGCAAGGCUUCAGUGGAGAGCUAGGCCAGCCGCAGAGCUUCGUGGCCCUGCAUGAGGCGUUGCUGCGAAGCCCAAACUGGGCUCGAUUCCAGACAGUGAGCCAGGGCAAGCUAUUCGUGGACCGCUGGUUUGAUGGAGCAUCCAAAGUCUUCUCGGUGAGGGAGAGUCGGCACCACCUCAUCGCGGCGGGGGCGGACAGCAGCAGUUCCUACGCAGCCUUCGAGUGUUGGGACAUCGACGUGCAGCUGUCCGGAGCGCAUAUCAACUUCGUGUUCCAAGUGCGGUCCCACGUGCUCGGUACGGGCGGAGACGUGAGGGACACCCUUUGCGACGAGGAGCAGUUUGCCUUGACGGUGGACCACGUCCAGCUGCUGAAGCGAAGUGCCCAGCGGAAGGUGAAGUUCUUGGUGCAUCACUUCCAGAUCGACAACAUGCGGGAGGCAGACAAGCUUCGCCCCAUCAUCGUGUGCCCGGAGGAUAGCGGCUACCACAGCGACCGCCGAGAGCGGCUCCACAAGCACAAAGGCCGCAAAGGCAGCACGGAUUCGGAGACGAUUCCUUUCGUGUACUUCUGCAUGGAGAAGUUGCCAAGCGGCAUUCUCCACUUCAAGGAGCUCACCCUGCUGCUGCAACCGGUGAUCGUUCGGCUGGACCUUGUGUUCUGGGUCAAGGUGGGCCAACAGCUCUUUGAGUGGGCAACAGUGGACAGCGGGUCGGCGAAUGCAGGCAGCUCCGCGGAAGACCGUGAGAUCGUGGCCAAGCAGGUCUUUCUCCUUCGGGAAGGAGGAAUUGAGGUGCCGUCAAGCUCAACCACGCGCCAUCCCGUCUACUUCGAGUACUUCCGUUUGGGAGCACUGAUUGCUCAAGUUGAGAUCUUGAUGCCCAUGAAGAGCAAGCUCCUGAAGAAGCGGCAGGCCAAUUCCGGCGUUGCCUCGUCCAUGUUCGAGGACGAGGACGACGAGCAGGAUGCGCAGAUGCUUCAGUCAAUGUGGCUGUCCCAGAUUCUGGCACGUUUGACCCACCGAUCACACGGCCUGGUCAAGAAAGUUCUGAUGGUGGCGCAGAAAGGCCUUCUCUUCGUGGUCACGAGUGUCGGCAGCGGCGUGCUUUCUGGAGUGGGGCACAUGACGCCACGCUUCGCUUUCCCUGAGACUGUCUUCCAACGGACGCUGGAAGAUUUGAUGCCUUUCCUGUACAGCUUGGUCCGCGAUUACGUGAAGACUGGCAUGUAUCAGUUCUGGAAGGUCUUAUUCAGCAUCAACCUCCUGGGCGAUCCAGUUGGCUUGACGACCUCGGUCACAGGCGGAGUCAUGAAGUUCUUCCGAAAAACGGGCAGCGAGGUCAUCGCCGGGGAUCUCAAGGGGGAGGGGCUCCUUAGUCUGGCACAAGGAGUGGUUGGUGGCACUGCAGCCACUGCCGGGAAGUUCUUUGGAGCCCUUGGCGACACUGUGGAUGCAUUGGCGCAGACUGGUGGAGACCGCGAUCGCCACUACCAGCCCGGUUCCGUGAAUCACGUUGGUGAUGGUCUGACAGCUGGGGCGCAGGUCUUCCUGCACGGCGCCACUUCAGGCAUCGCCGGCCUCGUGCAAGCGCCGGUCCAAGGCUUCCAGCGGAAAGGAGUGGUUGGGCUGGCCACUGGAAUGCUGAAGGGCGCUGCGGGGCUUGUGGCGAAGCCCGUCAGCGGACUCAUGCACGGCGUGCAGCAUGUAGCAGAGGGCGUCGAUGCGACGACGCGCCUCUGGGAUCAUGCGGAGCAGAUUGUGCGGCGACGGGAGCCGCGCGGAUUGCCCAGCGGUGCCAAACUCGUGCCCCUGGUGGGUGCAGAGUUCUCGCCGCGGAUAACUGUCUUCUUGGAGGCAUUGGAGUUCCCAACUGUCGAGAGCUUCUACGGUACAUCAGCGGUGAUGAGCCGAAGGCUGCGAGGCGCCACUUAUCGAGUCGAGCUCUCGGCGCAAGGCAGUGGAGGCCGCUGGUCGAAGGCCUCGAAGCUCGGGCGCCUCACGCGCGACGGCUCAGUUGCCUUCAACGAGGUGAAGUGGGUGCCAACGCAGACAUUGGUCGAGGCUGAUGUCGUGGUUGAAGUGCAGGACUGUGCGCUCUCAG